CAUUCUCAUACAUUUACAUUACGAACUAAAUUUCAUUCAUCGUCUCUUUACUUACAAACAUUUUUGAACCUCCUUUACAAAUAAACAUGACAAAACAGAAAACCAAAAUCCAAAUGUUCCCGGACGACAAGAAUUCGUCGUCACACGGAAGACCCAAGCUCGGGUCACUUUUCCACAACUCCGAACCAAACAUUUUACUCAUAUCCGGUGAAACACAAGAUGAUGACGCGAGUACGAGCUCGCAUAAUCGACAUAGCAACGUCUCGUUUCCAGUUAGUCCCGCGAAUGCUAUAACUUCUCCGAACGUGUCUCCUAAUAACUACAACUUCAUAUCGUCCCCGUUUUAUCAAACGUCGCCGUUUUCUAAGUCUCCUUGGUUGAAUGUGCAAACGGGUGAAUCAUUCGGGUUAAUCGGGUCGUUAGUACGUGAAGAGGGACAUAUAUAUUCGUUAGCUUCUGCUGGAGAUUUGUUGUAUACGGGGUCCGAUUCUAAAAAUAUCCGGGUUUGGAAGAAUUUUAACGAGUAUUCCGGGUUUAAGUCUAAUAGUGGAUUGGUGAAAGCUAUUGUUGUUUCGGGUCAAAGAAUCUUUACGGGUCAUCAAGAUGGUAAAAUUCGGGUAUGGAAAUAUUCGAAUUUAAAGAAAAAGGCGCAUAAACGGAUUGGUAGUUUGCCGACAACAAGAGAUAUAAUCAUAACGUCAAUGAAUCCGGGAAACUACGUGGAAGUCCGACGACACCGGAAUGUCCCGUGGAUUAAGCAUUACGACGCCGUUGCAUGCAUGAGUUUGGAUGAAGAACACGGGUUAUUGUAUUCGGGUUCUUGGGAUAAAACAUUUAAAGUAUGGAGACUUUCGGAUUCGAAAUGUUUGGAAUCCGUACAGGCCCAUGAUGAUGCGGUUAACUCGGUCGUUGCGGGUUUUCAUGGGUUGGUUUUCACCGGGUCGGCAGAUGGGUCGGUGAAGGUCUGGAGGAGGGAGUUAGUAGGGAAAGAUACAAAACAUAUGAUGAUUUAUACUUUAUUAAACCAAGAAACGGCGGUAACAUCGGUGGCGGUUAACGUCACCAAUGGCGUUGUAUACGCUGGCAGUUCAGAUGGGUUGGUGAAUUUUUGGGAACAACGGAAGCAUGUUUUAAAUCACGCUGGGGUUAUUAGAGGACACAGGCAAGCGGUGUUGUGUCUGGCCGCCGCCGGAAGUUUGUUGUUUAGUGGGUCUGCGGAUAAAAGUAUUUGCGUGUGGAAAAGAGAUACGAGUGGCUUCCACUCUUAUCUUUCUGUUUUGACCGGACAUACUGGUCCGGUCAAAUGUUUGACAAUUCAAGAAAACCUAGAAGAACGUGAUAACGGUGGUCGAGAAUGGGUAGUGUAUAGUGGUAGUUUAGAUAAGUCCGUGAAGCUGUGGCGCGUGGCGGAGUAGCUGCGGAAGUAGUAUGAUGGUGAGGGGGUAGAAAUGAUGUAGUGGGACCAAAUUGGAAAAUUGAGGCCAGAAUCGGUUGAAAGAAUGCAAACGUUAGGUCCCAUAUGAUGACAAAGAUUGGUGACCAUCAGAAAGUUCAAGUUUUUUUUUGUUGAAAUUAAUGGUGGGUAUGAAUUGUGAAUUUGAAUAAUUAGUAUUGGUGCAUUAUAUGAGUGAGUAAUAUAAUGCAUGGGUUGUAUAGACGUAGACAUCGGCAUACAUUGACAAAAUAUAUAAUGUUGUGGAUAGAUACUAAUGUUUUGAUGCAUUGUUGUAUAGACGUGGACCUAGCUAGCUAGGCAAAUUAAUAUUAUGCAUUCACAAGAUAAUGUUUAUGGUUUGAUACA